CGGUGAAGGAGAGAAGAAGAAGAGGAGGAAGAUGGUUAGAGAUAUUACUCGUUCCGAAGAUCAUAUUAUUGAAUAUCUUGCUCAUCCUACAUAUGGUUCACGAAUAUUGGAGUGUCGGCACUUAAACCCACCAGAUACCUUUGAUGCCAGCGUUGAAGAGCUUUUAAGAGAGACCGGGUUUUACCACAUCUCUCGCGUUGGAAGAAUACAAAGUCACUCGGUUAUCGUGACAGCACUGGUCGAAAGGUGGCGGCCUGAGACUCACACGUUUCAUCUACCAAUUGGUGAGUGCACUAUUACUUUAGAAGAUGUUGCAAUGAUUCUUGGUCUCCCAACAAAUGGUCUACCAGUUACAGGACCAACAGACAGUAGUAGCAGUGGUCUAGAAAGUGAAUGCAUGUGGCAUUUUGGAGUUGCACCUGGAGUAAGGGAUCAUAGAGGAAGUUUUAUUAAGUUGACGUGGCUUCGCAGUCUUAAACGUCGCUUACAAUUGAAUGAUCAACUUUCUAGAGAAAGAUAUGUCAAGUGUCACAUUAUGGCCCUAUUUGGUACGACGUUAUUUUGUGACAAGUCUGGAGCUGGGGUGCAUUGGAAAUUUUUACCCUUGCUUCGAAAUGUUUCGGAGAUCAAGACUUACAGUUGGGGAGCGGCAUGUCUAGCCCACCUAUACAGAUCAUUGUGUCGGGCAUCACGUUAUGAUUGUAAGGAUAUGGAUGGUCCCCUGACUCUCUUGCAUGUAUGGGCUUGGGAACGGAUGCCAUUCCUUGCACCAAUUCCCAUUGAGCCACGUUUUCCGCUUGCUCAACGGUGGAAUGAUUGGGAAUUUCCCUCAUCUCAAUACAGACAUUGGACAACCAAUCACGUGAGGAAGUUAUUGGAUUUGAUUCAACCUGACAGGUUUGUGUGGGACGUCUACAGUCAUGAUCGUAUUGCGCCCCAUUUAGUUCCAGAUGACAUCCGUGAGCAUGAGGUGAUAUGGAAUGCAACGACGCCACUGAUAUCGUUUGAGUGCAUUGAGUGGCAUCCCGCUGACAGAGUCAAGAGACAGUUCGGUUUACAACAGGACAUUCCAGGUCAACCAAAGAGUCUUGGUAAUGCACAUGGCAAUGUCUUGACCGGUCCAAAAAAUUUGAACUGGGCCGUCGCACAUUCUGAGUGGAUAACGAUUUGGACUAACCGAUAUUCUCACAUCCUUGGUGGAGAUCCUGUCAAGACCUGUCAGGCAUCCGAGAUUUACAUGAGUUGGUACAAUGCAACAUAUGGCAAUCACUUGCAGCUGUCCUUUCGUUUGGAUCAGCCACUGCCACUACGAGUGGUUCCGAGUCAAAUGUCCUUAGGUUCGAGACUUCAAUGUCCUAUCACUUCUAGCCACUCUAGGGGGACAAUGUCUUUUGAUUCUGGUAGAUGUGAUCAAGAUCGAGGGAUUGAUUAUCACCACAACACAGGCACUAGUGGGAACAUACCUCAUUACGACCUUAACGUUGUUGCACUACCAAUUCAGGAGCACGAGGAUGACGACGAUGAUGAUGUUGUAUAGGAUUACUUGGUGGAUGUAGCCGGUAACAAUGAGGAUGAUAUUGGUGAUGAUGAUGAGUCUAGGCUCGGUGCGACAGGUAAUCUAGUUGUCUUUACUCUAAAGUUUUACUCUACUUAGUACUGUAUAUUAUUUGGGAUGAUUUCUUGUAAUUGCUCAGAGUAAGGUUGAUGGUGCAGUUUGGAUUAGAGUUGAUUUUGUUGUUGUUAAUAUUGGAUAUUGGUUGAUUUCUUGUUCUUGUUAGCAUUGGAUAUUAUUAGAGUUUAUUGAAAUUGUUGUUAUUGUAGCUGGACAUUAUGAUUGAG